UCCCGCGGGUGACGCGGUCCGGGCGCGCCGGGCGCGGGCAGCGGCGGUGGGAUGGAGAUGGCGGCGGCGCCGUGCGCGGGGGAGCCGGAGCGGCUGGACUUCCUGCGGGAUCGGCACGUGCGCUUCUUCCAGCGCUGCCUCCAGAUCCUGCCCGAGCGCUACUCGUCCCUGGAGACCAGCAGGUUGACAAUUGCAUUUUUCGCGCUCUCUGGUCUGGAUAUGUUGGAUUCCUUAGAUGUGGUGAACAAAGAUGAUAUAAUAGAAUGGAUUUAUUCCCUGCAGGUCCUUCCCACUGAAGACAGAUCAAACUUGCAUCGCUGUGGAUUCAGAGGCUCUUCAUAUUUAGGGAUGCCAUUCAAUCCCUCCAAGGGUCCAGGUAUAUCUCAUCCCUAUGAUAGCGGGCACAUAGCAAUGACUUACACAGGUCUAUCAUGUCUGGUUAUUCUUGGAGAUGAUUUAAGUCGAGUAAAUAAAGAUGCCAUACUGACAGGACUGAGAGCGCUCCAGCUGGAGGAUGGAAGUUUCUGUGCUGUGCUGGAAGGAAGUGAGAAUGAUAUGAGGUUUGUGUACUGUGCUUCCUGUAUCUGCUACAUGCUCGAUAACUGGUCAGGCAUGGAUAUGAAGAAAGCUAUAGACUACAUCAGAAGAAGUAUGUCUUAUGAUAACGGCCUGGCCCAGGGAGCUGGACUGGAAUCUCAUGGUGGCUCUACAUUCUGUGGUAUUGCAUCGCUGUGUUUGAUGGGUAAACUGGAAGAAGUUUUUUCAGAAAAAGAACUGAACAGAAUAAGAAGAUGGUGUAUAAUGAGACAACAGAAUGGCUACCAUGGACGACCCAACAAACCUGUAGACACUUGCUAUUCCUUCUGGGUGGGAGCAACAUUGAAGCUCUUGAAUAUAUUCCAAUAUACAAAUUUUGAGAAAAACCGAAAUUACAUCCUGUCAACUCAAGAUCGCCUUGUUGGUGGAUUUGCCAAGUGGCCAGAUAGCCAUCCAGAUGCUUUACAUGCCUACUUUGGGAUCUGUGGUUUGUCAUUAAUUGGAGAAUCUGGUAUUUGCAAAGUUCAUCCUGCCCUGAAUGUAAGCACAAGAACCUCAGAGCGCCUUCACCACCUUCAUCAGAUCUGGAAAACGGACUUUAAACAGUGUUCAGACAACACACACUUCUUUAUGUGACUGAUUUAGACUUGAAUUUAGUUCUGGUAGCAUAAUUGUAGCCCAGGGUUAAAAGCCAUGUAUAACCAAUGUGCUCUUUUAAGUGCUGGAGUCAUACAAUCAGAUCUGUGUUGCUGGCAUCACUUCAGUAGGGAGUUGCCUUCAGCAGGUUAUUCUGCAUUGUGAAAAAAGGAGAUAUUUUGAUUAUAUAGAAGUUUGUCACCGCAGACUGUAAAUGGCUUUUCAAAUGGCUUUACUUCUAGGAAAUCCCUUGAGGCGUUUAAACUUCAUUUCAAGUUUAUUUUUUUAAAUUUGUGCAUACUGUGUCAAAAUAUAUAAUGGGGAAAUAUUUUCAAAAUCUGUUUACAUAUCAUGCAGUAUAGCACAGAACCUUGGAGUUCUUUAUGAUCUUACUAUUUGACAUAUUUUGGCUAGAGAAUCUCCCAUAUUAAGUCUCAGUUAAAAAUUACCUUUUAUCAUAAACUUUCAGAUUCCAUAAACUUUCUUUUAAAAAGCAAAUGAAUUAAAUAAAAUUAUUUUAUUCAAUAUA